AUGCCUGAUCUAGCUUUGCGUAAGGCAUUCGGAAAGGCUGGCAAGUCCCUGGUUUCAAUUUUGAAUCUGGCAGGCCAUGCACCCUUCCAAAUACAAUUGAACCUAUCUCCUGCAACUCAACUAAACAAAAGGAUGAGGCCUCGGGAAAGGGCCAAUAGCAGGCAGGACAACAAAAUGCGGCCUAUUAGAGGCCAUCACAAGAUAUCAGAGGCCAUCCACGUCAAUGGCUCCGCGACUGAGCUCUCAGAACCGCUUGAUGUAGCCCCGCCUACCCAAACACCCCUGGCCGCUUGGGUUCUAAGUGAAACGGGUGAUGUCGGGAAUCGGGUACAUAGUCUGUUUUCUGCUGCAACAAUCGUUCUCGAAGUCAUAAAGAUUUAUCAGGCAGAGCAGAUUAGAAGAGAGCUCAAAGGUAUUGCGGAUCAGCUCAGGAUCCAUAAUAACCUUGUUGCGGGAGGAGGCGGCGGCCCAGAUGGAUUCGCACGAAAUGUUCUCGAUUUCCUGAACCUCAAGGUAGCAGAGUAUACUCGUACGGGUGACGACAAACAGCAUCGCUUCUUCAUCUACCAUCCCGAUACACACUGGCACGGUGCCUUUGCUAGGAUACGCCAGGAGUCUGAGUCUGAACAACCGCUUUUUCUGGGCCUGAGCAACGACCUCUUUGCAGUGUUCAGGUUAAUGCUCUGCGCUCGAGUUGCUCUAGAAGCACAAGCCGGUGAUGAUGCUAGGAAUGUCACAUUUCAUCUCCUCAUACCGUCAUACUGCACGCUGGUCAUCCCUCGUGCCUUUGUCGUCCUUGGGAAUCUACUUCCUUUAACUAUUGAUGGCCAGAUAGCGCAAGGGGAACGCCUCGUCUGGCUGAAUCUUCCUCAGAGGGAUGGCUAUGACCGGCCAGUACUAAAUAAUGUCGGCAACUUGGACGAUCUGCCCGAUUCCAGCUGGAAAGAGAUUGCAACAUUUGGUGCUGGAGUGACCACGAUGUUUGCUCCUCCAUUGGCCGCGCAGGCAUUAGCCAUCGCAUUCCCUCUCUUUGCUGCGGAGAUUAUCCUCGUUAGCCUCGCCGUCUCAUUUUUUGCAACAGGUUCGGUGGAGAUGGCAGUAGAAAGCGUUUGGGAAGAGCCACCAGCACUCCUUGGCUAG